AGCCGCGCAUGCGCGGAGCCGGCGGGUUGGGUAGUUGUCGGCCGGGAAAUGGCGGCCGCGGGCUUGGUCGCUGUGUCCACAGCUGCAGAACAUUCUGGCCCGGUAGCGUCGGGAGGCAACCUCUCUGGUGUUAACUGCGGCCCAAGCGCCGGGACAGGUCCCGGUCCUGGCCCGGGCUCGUGGAGCCGUUCCCUCGAUCGAGCGCUGGAGGAGGCGGCAAUAACCGGGGUGCUGAUCCUGAGCGGCCGGAAACUGAGGGAGUUUCCCCGGGGAGCGGCCAACCACGACCUGACGGACACCACCCGGGCGGAUCUGUCACGAAAUCGCCUCUCAGAAAUUCCCAUAGAAACAUGUCAUUUUGUUUCUCUUGAGAAUCUCAACUUAUACCAAAAUUGUAUUCGGUAUAUACCAGAGGCAAUUCUAAACCUACAAGCUCUAACAUUCUUAAAUAUUAGUCGGAACCAACUGUCAACACUGCCAGUACAUUUGUGUAAUUUGCCAUUGAAAGUCUUAAUUGCUAGUAAUAACAAAUUGGUCUCACUUCCAGAAGAAAUUGGACAUCUCAGACAUUUAACAGAACUUGACGUGAGCUGCAAUGAAAUUCAAACAAUACCUUCUCAAAUUGGUAAUUUGGAGGCCUUGAGAGACCUUAACCUCAGAAGAAAUCACUUAGUGCGUUUGCCAGAAGAGCUGGCAGAAUUGCCUUUGAUACGGUUAGACUUCUCCUGCAAUAAAAUUACAACAAUCCCUGUUUGUUAUCGGAACCUCAAGCACCUACAGAUGAUUGCCCUAGAUAACAAUCCAUUACAGUCUCCUCCUGCACAGAUAUGCAUAAAAGGCAAAAUUCACAUAUUUAAGUACCUGAACAUACAAGCUUGUAAGAUUGCUCCAGAUCUGCCAGAUUAUGAUAGGAGACCCUUGGGUUUUGGCUCCUGCCACGAAGAACUAUACUCAGGUCGCCCUUAUGGAGCCCUUGAUUCAGGUUUCAAUAGUGUUGACAGUGGUGAUAAGAGAUGGUCGGGGAAUGAACCUACAGAUGAAUUUUCAGAUCUGCCUCUUCGAGUAGCAGAAAUUACUAAAGAACAAAGACUACGAAGAGAAAACCAGUACCAAGAGAAUCGCAACAGUGUAGUAGUAGCAAAUGGAGUGGAACACGAUCUGGAUCAGAUUGACUACAUUGACAGCUGUACUGCAGAGGAAGAAGAGGAUGAGGUGAGGCAACCCAAGGGCCUGGACUCAGACAGCCUCAGUUCACAGUUUAUGGCAUACAUUGAACAACGGCGAAUCUCUCAUGAGAGUUCACCAAUAAAACCAGUACCCACGAGGGAGUUUCAAAAAACAGAAGACAUAAAAAGAUAUUCACAUCAAAACAGGGGAUUGGUCCCAGGACCACUUCGGAUUCCAAAAUGUGCAAGUCUGAGUUUGCUCUCCAUAUCCCCGGGUUCCACAUUGGGAGAUUCAACCAAUCAUGGAUUUAAAAUGUUGGUUGAGCCUGGCCAUUGUGGCUCAGUGGUUGAACGUCGACCCAUGAACCAAGAGGUCACCAGUUCGAUUCCUGGUCAGGACACAUGCCUGGGUUGCAGGCUUGAUCCCCGGGUUCCAGUUGGGCCAUCUACUUCACUGUCACCAAGUCACAAUCAGCUAUCACAUACAGACUUAGAACUUCCUCAGAGAAGAGAACAGUUAGUAGAGCGCACUAGGAGAGAGGCACAGCUUGCUGCCCUACAGUAUGAGGAGGAGAAAAUAAGGACCAAGCAGAUUCAGAGAGAUGCUGUCCUGGACUUUGUCAAACAGAAAACAUCACACAGUCCACAAAAACAGCAACACCCCUUAGAUGGUGAGAAAGUUUAUAGGCAAGUAAGAUCAUAUUUGAAGUUGUUUAACCUCUUUGGAAGAAAAUCAUUACUCAAAAUCAACUUACUAGCUCUUAUGUGUCCCUUCCCAUCCAGAAGGUCUCAACAUACUGAUGAUAGUGCCUUGUUAGUGUUGCUGUCAGGGUUGAAGCAAGUGGGCUGUGCUGGUACCCUGCCUCACUCUUCUGCCUUCACACCUCUUAAGAAUGAUGACAGACCUAAUGCUGUAUCAAGUUCACCUACAACAGAAACAGUUCAUCAUUCUCCUGCCUAUUCUUUUCCUGCUGCUACCCAGAGAAACCAGCCCCAGCGCCCUGAAAGCUUCCUUUUCCGAGCAGGUGUCAGGGCAGAAACAAAUAAAGGUCAUGGUUCAACCCUUCUUUCAUCUUCUGAACCUACCACUGAUUCUACAGAUCCCAUAACAAGACAGAAUACAAGGCAGAGAGAAGAAGAAUUGGAAUCAAUAGAUCAGCUACGGAAACAUAUUGAGUACCGUUUGAAAGUAUCUCUGCCUUGUGAUCUUGGAGCAGCUCUAACCGAUGGUGUUGUUCUUUGCCAUUUGGCCAAUCAUGUGUGGCCUCGAUCUGUCCCAAGUAUUCACGUUCCCUCACCAGCUGUACCUAAAUUGUCAAUAGCAAAAUGCAGGCGAAAUGUGGAGAAUUUCCUAGAAGCUUGCAGAAAAAUUGGUGUGCCUCAGGAGCAAUUAUGUUUGCCUCUCCACAUUUUAGAAGAGAAAGGUUUGAGCCAGGUUGCAGUGACGGUCCAGGCUCUCCUGGCACUGGCCCCACCCAAGCAGCCGCAGCACCAGUUAUCUGCUGUUUAAGGACUCCCAGCACUCCGGGUAUUGCCUGGCCAAAACGGAACAGGACAACACCAUCACGCUGCCAGCCGUCUGCUUAAACAGAGCUCUAACAUGUUCUUAAAAGGGACUGUUUCCAUGAUUCCUAACAGGAAUAUUUUGCUUCAUUUCUCCAUUUUAGGGGAGGUUAUAUCCAUUUCCAUUGAAUUGUUUUUGAAGACCCGGUUGGUUUUCACAAAUGAAACGUAAUCCUGUCAUUGCUGAGAACCAACACUGACGCCUAACUUGGCUGUGCUUUCCUGGAGUGAAGGGUUUCCCUGCACACCAGAGAGCUGCUCAGAGGAUAGUUCGCUCUCCUGAAGGCACAGACAGGCUGUUACCUUACCUGUUCCCAAGACGUCUAGCGCACUGGUUUCUAAACUUGGUUGUUCAGUAGAGUCUCCUGGAGCAUUUGUUAACAUACAGGUCCUAUUCAGUAGCAGGGGUCCUCAAACUACGGCCCGCGGGCCACAUGCGGCCCGCCGAAAACAUUUAUCCGGCCCGCCAGGUGUUUUUGCCGCCGCUGCCUGUUGCUUAGCAGCCGAUUAGUUUUUUUUUUAAACUAUAGUCCGGCCCUCAAACGGUCUGAGGGACAGUGAACUGGCCCCCUGUUUAAAAAUUUUGAGGACCCCUGCUAGAGUCUAGUACGGCCUGGGUAUUUGCAUUUUCAACAAACAUUCCAGGUAUUUCAUGUAAUAGAGACAACCGUUCCAAGCUAGAUAUUUGUCUGAUUGGGGGAAGUAAUGACUCCACUGUUUUUCAGCCACAUUUAAAAUCAAAAGCUAUAUGAUGACUACUUGGACUUUUUGUCCAAGGCAAAACAAAAAUAUGUAGAAGGCCUAGAUUUUGUGUAGUAAAACAGUGGGACAAAGUUGUAUUUAAGGCCAGUGUCCUAGGCCCUGGACUGUUCCAAAUCCUCAGGCCAGUAACCUGCGCUGCUCAGCAUUUGCUUGGACUUCCUUGAGCCCCCCUCCCUCUUCAGCCCCCAUGCUGCGCCCAGAAUACCUGGCCUGCCAACACCUGCCAGUCACAGCAGUACUUCCAGCUCCCCGACUAAUGGAAGACCAUGAAAACAAAGCAGAAGGAAUAAGGGAACAGCCCAGAGCCUUCUCUUUCUUUCAGGCAACUGUCAGUUCCAGUGGCUGAACUAAGCGCUUGCGGCAUCUUAAAAACAGCUGGCUGCCUUUUCACCACUCGUGCCUGUUCCCCAAUUGUGUGGAUAGAAGGGCCCAGGUCUCUGCAGCACAAAGCCAGGGGCCUCGAUCUCAGCCUCUGGGGGGAGUUUAACCCUCGUGAGUCUGUCUUCCUCUAUAUUUUGAACCCUUUUUAGUUGUCGGUGGUAUGUUUUGGUCACUGUCUUUAUAAACCAAGUAAAUAGCGUAAGUGAAAAUACUAAUUAUCUAGGUUUUUUUUUCUGUUGUUGACUGUUCUGGGUUUUCUUUACCAAUGCAUGCAUUUGAGCAUAAUGUUCUCACUCUUUUUAUCAUGUAAACGCAGCAUAUAAAAGUAACUUUGGAUAAAAUAAUGUUUAGUAUCUGAUAAAUCAGUGUUUUCUACUGUUCUCAUAAGGAAACAAGUUCAUCAGAACAUUACCACUUGUCCUAGUUUAAAAUUAUAUAACACAGAACAUCUGCACUCAAAGCCCAAUGCUUAGGGUCCUCACAGAACAAAAGUAAAAUGCCUCUUAAGUGCUUAGAGCCAGACCCAUUAACAGUUCCAAACACACCCACCAAUCAUGUGACUUGUUUAGAAUUUAGUUACAUGUAUUUUUAAACUAUAGGUAUUUUUCCUUCUAGUCCACGUUAAACCUCAGUACUACUUCCAAACUAUAGUGAGCCAUUUGAAUGAAACUCAGCAAAGGACAGGACUCUCUGUCACAUAUUAUGCAAGGAAUAAUCCCAGAAGACAUAACCUAAUGCAACAUUCGGAACAUUUGCAACUAAUUUUCCCAGAGGAAUAAAUGGAAAUUUUAAUUUAUUUCAAAUUUUACACAUAGCAUGAAACCUGUUAAUGUAUUUUUAUCAAAUCUUACAUUUGAAUUGCUAGAAAAAAAUUGUACAGUUUUGGUUGAUAAUGAAAGGAAAAUAUCAAAUGUAUUGAAUUUCUUUUCUGUGUCAAGAUGAAAAAACAAAUCAUGAUUUUUUGUUGUUGAAAUUUGUAUUCAGUAUUUUAUUUGUACCUUUGGGUUUGUUUUUGCUUUUUAUUUUAAGCCUUAUUGAGGUAAAAUUUAUAUGUCACAAAAUUGUUGCUUUAUAGUAAUGUGCAAUUUUUUAAGUUGUCCCUUUGUUUUUUUUAACUGAAAAAUACGGUUUAACAUUUAGCCUUGCCAGAUACUAAUGAAGAUGACUUUGUAGCAGUCCCACCUAACCAUUUAUUUAUGAGCUUCCUAUUGAAGCAGCACCUUCCCAGUGCUGAAGUGUGAAGGACGAGAAGGCUGUGCCCACCCGCCUGGGCCCUGCCGACUACAGAGGUUUGUAAGUCAGCGGGCUUCUGGACUUUCAAACUCAUAAAUGCUCGGCACUCAAAACCAUUUUUCUCUGGAAACAACUCGGAGGAGGAGGAGGCUUACUAGCAGGUCACUUUUCUUAGAAAAAUACAGUCUUACAGCCAAUCAAGGAAUCUGAUUCCUCUUACUUGCUAUAGCUCAGCAGUGACGAACGAUGUGCCUAUGCUGAUGAGUGUGAUGAAUUUUUAAAAACUAAGCACUUAAAUGGUUAUAGAAAUGAAGGAAAACAUGGAUAUUUUGAAGGUUUUUUGUAUACAUAUUGCAGUGAGAUGGUUUACAGCAGAUUUUAUUUCUGAAAAUGUUGUAAACAUGUAAUUAGUAAAAGAAUUUGUGAAAUGUUGUCCUAUAUUUGUAUGUCUGUAAAUAUGAUGCGUAAGUUCUAACUAUAAAUAUGUCAAUAUCAUGUAUGUUAUUUUAAAUUGCCUGUAUGCCACCUUACACUUCCACAUUAAAAUAAAAACCAACACUUCAAUAGCA